AAGGAGCUUCUUUGACGGGGUCAAGCGUUUCCCUCCCACGCCGGAGGCCCGCAUGGCGGGCAUCGACGCCGCCGUCGCCUCCUUCGAAUACGCCCGCUCCGCAUCUCUAGCCAUCCACCAUGCCUCUCCUUCUUCCCAGGGAGAAGCGAUGGAAAAGACCCGAGAUGAGCGGGAUCGGGCGGCGGAGGCAGCUCCGGUAUACGACAAGCAGAUCUCCCACGAGGCGAACAAAGCGGUGCGCUCUGCCCUCGCCUCUGGGAAUGUCGGCGACGUCAUCCGCUCGCUCGAUUUGGCGCUGACCAUCUGUCCUCGCAGCAGCAGCUCUCCUCGACAUCGCCUUCGCUAAACUCCGAUCUCUCCUCGACAUCGCCUCCUCAAAGCAGCAGCGGUACCGACCGCAUCACAGAUUGGUAAAGAAUCGAGCUAUGGAGUUUUGGGGUUUCUCUUCCUCUGGGAAAUCUCGGAUUCCGCCGUGGAACUCCCGGCGAGAAGGUUUGCCAUGAGCGUCGGCGGAGGUGGCCGUGAGGAGGCGGCCCGGUGGCUCGAGAUCUCCGAGAGGCUACUGAGUGCCUGGGAUCUCAUCGGGUGUAACGUUUUGCGGAGCACGCGGCGGAGGCGGAUCCGUUCAUCGGCGGUGGCGCGGACGAUCAGGUCAUCGCGGUCGCUGACGUCCUCCUCGCCUCCCGGGUCCGCGUCAACAACCAUGUGGACUGGUAUGCCGUGCUGCAACUUGAUUCUUCCACGCCCCUUGACCGGCAGCCCUCCACUGUCCUCCGCCAGUACAGCCGGCUUGCGCUCCUUCUCCGGCCUGAUCGCAACCACCUCGAUGGGGCAUCAUUUGCCUCUAAGCUCGUGUCAGACGCCUGGCCGUCCUCUCGGAUCCCAGCAAAAAAGCCCUUUUCCACUCCGAACUCGACAUCGCCGUUGCGGCCGCUGCAGCCACAGCUGCAGUGGCCCAGCCAACACCGCCUCCCCCAGCUCGUCCUGCUUCGACGAUCUGGGCGGCGUGCCCGUCCUGCUUCCAUCUGCACCAGUAUGGCAGCGAAUACAAAGGCAAGAACCUCCAGUGCCCUAACUGCCGGCGGACAUUCAGCCCCACUCCUUUGCAAGCCGAGCCGCCUAUAGUUCCGGACACCGACAUGUACUAUUGCUCAUGGGGGCUCAAGGCGCGAUCGGUCGCCAUCGACAUAAACACCGAAACCUGUUGAAUCCACUUUCAGAUCUCGGAAUCAUGCACAGAAAUUAUCUCCUAUUGUGUUCGCCAGAAUCAUGGACAAUUGCGACUUCCUAGCAACUUUGUUAGAGGUAAUAGCUACUUUGCUUAAUUUAAAAUUUUGAUCUUGUCUCCCUUUCUUUCAUGUUUGUUCAAGAAAAAUGACAUUAGAUCUUUUCCCCUUAGAUUCAACAUAGUGAUUCUGCUGUGUUUGUUCUCUA